AACUUGUCGAAAAAUCAGAAUCGGAUUUCGGAUGCAGAGGAGCUAUCAGCCUCAGCAAGGCUACAAUCAAGGCUCACGAUACAGACGAACUUCGGUUUGAUGUGGUAGUUAAUAAUUAUAACAAUUGGUGUUUACGUGCGGAAACUCCAGAAGACCGCAUUCAUUGGGUCGAGGUAUUGCAAAUGUAUAAGGAGGAUACAGCAAGCACAGAUACUACGUCCCUACGGCGUCAUGGUAGCACCAUGUCUUUGCAGUCAAAUACAGUGUCGGUGGCCAGCGGAAACAGUCUAAAAAAAACACAAAGAAACUUAAAGGAAAAAGCAGGUGAAAUAGAGACAUUUAAAGAUAUACUUUUCGGACAGAUCGAAACUCUCCAAAGAUAUUUUGAUGCUUGUGCCGAUAUUAACAAGACAACAGGAAAAUCCCUUGAUCUAGGCGAUGGCUUAAAACCAAUCGAUUUUAAGGGAGAAUCAAUCACUUUUCGUGCCACAACUUCCGGUGUAUUAACAACACUUCAACACUGCGUAGAUAUAAUUGCUGAAAGUGAUGAUUUGUGGAAAAAGAAGUUGGAGAGGGAAAUAGACAGGCGAAAACGAACUGAAGAACAAAAUCGAAAAUACAAGGAGGAGAUCGAAAAAAUUAAACGUAUUUCAUAUCCAGGACCCGAUUUUGAGCAAAGCUACACUUUUUCCAAGUAAAUUUGC